AAGCAUAUGAUAUAAAUAAAAGAUAAAGCACCCAAUUAGCUAGUUGCGGACAAGUGAGGGAAACCUUUGCAACAACAUGACAAAGCAGAAAGAAAGAAGGAAAGAGAGCAAGCUGAGCAGGUACAUGAAGGCACCGUUAAGGUUCCUGAAGAAGGCCAGGGACAUGUACGUCCACGGCAUGAUCGAGUGCUCCGGCCAGUUAUCCUAUGUGGAGGCCUCCAUGGGAUGCCCGACCGGCCAGCUCUGCACGCUCCCCAGAAGCUUCAGCGUCGGCUCGGCCACCCGAUCCGCCGCCAGCGACGAGGAUUUCGAGGAGCUCGUGAGGGCCGCGUCGCUCCGGAGCUACGGCGGCCGCGUCGUGUUCGGUGAUGCUGCUGCGGCGGCGGUGGAGAUGAAAAUGCCUCGGAGUCGCAGCGUGGGGAUUGGAAGGAUCGACGAGGACAAAGUGUGUGAGUUUGGAGAUAAUGGGAUCAAGGUUAGACCUAAUGCUUAUCCAAGAAGUAAAAGCUACGCUGCAUGUAGAGACGGAGCAGGGCUGUUUUAGUUAACAUUAAUGUUAAUUACGAUGUUUCUUAACUAUAAAUGUAAGGAAAUAUGCGCAUGACUUGUUGUUCUCUUGUUUAAUAAUUUGUGAAAUCGUUCAUGUAAUGCCCCGGAGUGCUGCUUGAGCUGUGAAUAUAUGUGAGAACUUGAAAAAUGUUUGGAUUCAGAAUUUGUACGUACUGCAUGUUAUGUGAAUUAGUAGAAAUCAAGAUUACUAAGUGUUAUCUAUUAGUCUCCAAUGUAAACUUUGCAUAACAUCUAAUUACAAGUGAUUCAAUAACACUUUGCUACAAG